UCACGAAUCAUGAUGAUUGCUACUUUGUAGAAAGGAAACUUCUGUAAGUCUCUCUCCCCUACGAGAACACGGGAGAACCGGAGAGCUCCAUAAUCCCACCGCCACUGCCUUGUUUCGCACAAACUCUCCAAUCCAUCUUUCCAGAUUUCCAUAUCUCCAACCCAAUGUAUCUCUCACUCUCAGGUGACCCUUCUAGGAACAGGAAGGGACCUGGAUUUGUUUUGCAGAUUAAUUGAGCUGGUCAUUGGCCUUGGAUUUUAAAUGUCUGCCUAUGGCCGUCAUAUGGAGCGGGAGUACUCCGCGCAGAGUCUUUCCAAUGAAGGUUCAGAAAGGGCAAGCAGUUAUGCCAUGGAGACAGGAUUCUACAUGUCGUCUUUUGCUACGACAAUCUUCAUUGGUGCACUUAUAACUGUUGGGCUCUUAUUAAUCGCCUUGCUGAUUGCACUGACUGUAAUGCUGCAGUCUUGCGAAAAUAGGAGUCAUGGAAUCGUUGAGACUCAUAACCCGAGUUUCGAUUACAAUCACUGCCAGAUCUUGUCUCUGCAUAUGGAACUCAACGGUGAAGCGGAUCGCUUCCCUUCAAUGUGCAGGGUUGUUGCCCUUCAGUACAUCAAAGAAGGUCAAUAUGUAAGAGAUUUAAAUUCUACCAUGUCAAUGAUUCAGAAUUAUUUCAGCGGCAUUACCUCAGCACACGAUGGUCUGGACGUGGUCUUGAUUGACAUAGAUGACAUUCGUUCUUCAAAUCCUCGGCACAUUAAUUUGCCACUGCCCCAAUAUGAUCAGUAUGGUUGUAGUGAUUGUGUGGAAGAGGCAAAGCAUCUGAAGCACAGGUUUAUUCUGAGAUUAUACAUGGAACUUAAUGCUAGCGGUUGGCCUUUGAUUCUGCUAUCAAGAAAGCCGGAGGCGGAUCGGAAUUCCUUCAUAGAGGAUCUUAUAUCUGCAGGGUUUAGAGCUUGGUCAACAUUGAUAAUGAGAUCGGAAGAUGAAUUGCAUAUGGAGAGCCGUGACUACUUCUCGAAACGAAGGGAUGCAAUGCAGAGGGAAGGCUUCCGCAUAAUAGCCUCCAUUAGCAGUCACAUGGAUGCUCUAAGAGGUCCGUUUUCAGGAGAGCGGAUUUUCAAGCUUCCAAACCCAAUUUAUCACAAUUUUUCAACAUCGAAUUGCGGACGUACGUGUAGACGCAGGCGUUACCACAUUGGCUAGACCGGGUGCGCUCUCCCUUAUACACCAAAAUAGAUUUUUUUUUUCCAUGUUUGCACCAUUGAUUUUGAGUUUUCCGUAUAGUUUUUUUCAGCAGAUUUUUUUAUCCGAAAUCAGUGCAGCCAUAUAAAUAGCAUCAGUUCUGCUGUAAAGAAAUUUCGGCAUCAUUAGUAGUAUAAUUAUUGGUAAUCAUUCUUCA